CCGUGCUACUAUUGUCUAACAAGAGAGCGGGCUAUUUGCAAAAUAAAGGUAGCCUACUGUCUUGGUCUUAGCCGCUAUGUGGGCUGAUACAUACAAGCAGGGUGGGUUUUAACGUGAAGCUGAAAUGAGCGGGUAUUAUGAGCGGUAGUCCUCUCGUGUUUUCCUCCCUGAGAGCUUCGGCUACUCGGCUGUCGGAUGCUGGAAGUCCUCGCGGAUAAGGGAGCACGUAGGGCUCGCAGAGAAAAAGGAGAAAGGACGCGGAAGGAAGGAAGGAAGGCUAGGGGAGCAUUUUAAUACCAAAUCGGGACACAUGUUGAGCUAACGGCCCGCUCCACCUCCCCCCCCCACCCCUUUCUCCAAAUGCAUUUGUUGCCUCAGUCGCCUUCCCGUUACUAAUUACUCCGCGUUAGGAUACAGCGGAUCUCCUCUCUGGCUCCAAGGAUCCUCACUCGCCGUUUUAGGGGACGAUCAUGGAUCUCAGUAAAAUCGCUGUCAGCAUCAAUAAGGCCAUCAACACACAGGAGGUUGCUGUCAAAGAGAAGCAUGCCAGGACCUGCAUCUUGGGAACCCAUCAUGAGAAAGGCGCCCACACUUUCUGGGCAGCGGUCAACCGGCUUCCUCUCUCCAGCAACGCGGUGCUCUGCUGGAAGUUCUGCCAUGUCUUCCACAAGCUGCUGCGAGACGGCCAUCCAAACGUGAUAAAGGACUCCAUGAGGAACAAGGCUGAUUUAACUGAUAUGAGCAGGAUGUGGGGUCACCUGAGUGAAGGCUAUGGGAAGCUGUGCAGCAUCUACCUCAAACUGCUCAUCACCAAAAUGGAGUUUCACAUCAAAAACCCUCGUUUCCCCGGCAACCUACAGAUGUCAAACCGACAGCUCGACGAGGCUGGAGAGAACGACGUUAACAACUUCUUCCAGUUGACAGUAGAGAUGUUUGACUACCUGGAGUGUGAGCUCAACCUCUUCCUGGGUGUAUUUAGCUCUCUAGACAUGUCUCGGUCGGUGUCCGUGACAGCGGCGGGCCAGUGUCGCCUGGCCCCCCUCAUCCAAGUCAUCCUGGACAGCAGCCACCUGUAUGACUACACCGUCAAGCUGCUGUUUAAGCUGCACUCCUGCCUUCCAGCAGACACUCUCCAGGGCCACAGAGAUCGCUUCCAGGAACAGUUUAAGAAAUUAAAGAGUCUGUUCUAUCGCUCCAGUAACUUGCAGUAUUUCAAGAGGCUGAUUCAGAUCCCACAGUUGCCUGAGAACCCUCCUAACUUCCUGCGUGCGUCGGCUCUGUCGGAGCACAUCAGCCCUGUGGUCGUGAUCCCCGCCGAGUCGUCGUCCCCCGAGUUGGAGCACGUGGUGGAGACAGACGACCUGGUGGACACGGACGUCCCCGUGUUGCCGGCUGCUUUGGAGACCAAGUUUGAUGACCUGUUUGGCACCUCGGCUGCUAUAGACCCCUUCAACUUCAACAGUCAGAACGGCAUGCGGAAGGACGACAAAGACCGUCUCAUUGAACAGCUGACGAGGGAGAUCCAGGCCCUGAAAGAUGAGCUGGAAUCUUUCAGACUGGAGAGUGGUCGCUUGUGUCAGGCCCUGAGGGGGCGUGUCAAUGAGCUGGAGGCGGAGCUUGCCGAGCAGAGCCACCUGAGGCUGCAGGCGGCAGGAGAGAGCGAGUUCCUGAAGGCGGAGCUGGACGACCUGCGGAGGGUCCGAGAGGACACGGAGAAGGAGCAGCGGAGCCUGACGGAGAUAGAGAAAAAAGCUCAGGCCAAUGAGCAGCGCUACACCAAACUGAAGGAGAAGUACUCAGAGCUGGUUCAGAGUCAUGCAGACCUGCUGAGAAAGAACGCAGAGGUGACCCGGCAGAUGACGGUGGCUCGUGUGGCACAGGAUGAAGUGGACGCAGUGAGGAGAGAAAUGCAAGGGAAGGUGAAGGCCGCUCAGGAGGUUGCAGACAGACAGGAGAGGGAGCAGCUGGAGCAGCUUCAGGAGCUACAGAGAGAGCUGGUGUCCAGCAGGACGGAGCUGGACUCCCUGAAGACCACCAUGGCCUCGUCACAACAGGCUUCAAGUGAGGUGCUCGGCACCCAGCUGGUUGCCCUUGAGUCUGAGAAGGCGGAGCUGGUGCAGUCCUUGUCGAAGGUGGAGGCAGAGCUGGCUUCCCGCGGGGAGGAGCUAGAACGAGUACAGAGCUCGCUGGCGACUGAAAGGGAGAGCGGGGUGAAGACUGCAGAAGCCCUGCAGAAUCAGCUCAAUGAGAAGGAGAGCAGGGAGCAGUCGUUGGAGAGCCAGCUGGUUACAGCUCGCUGGUCCAGUCUGCAGGGAGCUGUGGAGGAGGCGGAGAAGAUCAUUCAGGAUUCGCUGGCUCAGAUAGACGACCCAGUGCACAUCAGCUGCACCAGCUCUGCAGACUACCUAGCAUCCAGAUGUCAGGCCUCUUUAGACUGUAUAGACCGACUGCAUUCUGCCAGAGAGGCCUUCCUGGCUGACAACACAGGUGUAUCUGAGCUGGUACGAGUGGUGACCCAGUGUGGCCACCUGGUGGGCGACACCAUCGUUCAGGGUAGUGCCACCUCCCACAUGGUGCCUGUGGAGCAAGCUGAUGCCCUCUCAGAGAGUGUGAAGGCGUGUGGGGCCGAAGCUCUGGCUCUGCUGGGCCAGAUGAAGCAGCAGGACAGCCUGACUGCAGCAGACAGCAGCAAGCUGAAGGCGGCUCUGGAGGCCAUUCUGGCCACUGCAGAGAAACUGCGUCCUCGGGGUUUGGAGCUACAGCAGGGGGAGCUGGGAGAUCUAGUGGAGCAGGAAAUGGCUGCCACCUCUGCUGCUGUGGAAUCGGCAGCUACCAGGAUAGAGGAAAUGCUCAACAAGACCCGAGCAGUUGAUACAGGAAUCAAGAUGGAAGUCAAUGAGAGGAUUUUGGCCUCCUGCACAGAGCUGAUGCGGGCGAUCAAGCAGCUUGUUCUGUCUUCCAAGAAUCUGCAAAAGGACAUCGUGGAGAGUGGCAGGGGGGCAGCCUCCAUGAAGGAAUUUUAUGCCAAGAACUCCCGCUGGACUGAGGGCCUGAUCUCUGCCUCCAAAGCAGUGGGAUGGGGCGCCACGGUCAUGGUAGACGCUGCUGAUCUGGUGGUGCAGGGCAAAGGGAAGUUUGAGGAGUUGAUGGUGUGUUCACAUGAAAUAGCUGCCAGCACAGCCCAGCUAGUGGCUGCCUCUAAGGUAAAAGCAGACAAAGACAGCGGCAACCUGCACCGCCUACAGCAGGCGUCCCGAGGCGUCACGCAGGCCACCGCAGCUGUCGUGGCCUCCACCAAGUCUGGGAAGUCCCAGAUUGAAGAAACAGAUACAAUGGACUUCUCCAGCAUGACUCUCACCCAGAUCAAACGACAAGAGAUGGAUGCACAGGUCCUGGUUCUGGAGCUGGAGACUCGUCUCCAGAAGGAGCGAGAGCGUCUUGGCGAGCUGAGGAAGAAACAUUACGAGCUGGCUGGGGUAGCGGAGGGCUGGGGCGAGCAAGAAGAGGGCACAGGUUGAGACCUGCUUCCCCCUCCUCUCCCAGAAGACCGGCUUCUGUCUGCCUCUUUCUAUUUAUACACUUCUCACUCUCGUUUUCUUCUCUCUUUUGUGUUUGUUUGUUAUCUAAGCCAAAUUGAAAGGUGCUUCUUUUCUAAACCUGCUUCUCCAUCCGUGUCCAAAAGCUUCCACAAAGGACAGCACCCCGGGCUCAGCAACGGGGGGGUGGGAGGUGGAGUCCAAGGGAGGUACAAAUGGAUAUAAGGAGUGGGGGGAGAAAAGAUGCGGCCCAACUUCAUGGUCUCACAUCCCCCCCACCCCCGCCUCUCCCCUAGGACUGUGUUGGUGAAAAGCAGUUGAAGUGAAGAGGACCCAUUCUACCGAGUAUUUAUUGUCUUUUUCUUCCCCGGUUUUUAAUAACGGCGCUUUGUCAAGGAGUCACAGCGGAGAGGCUACGAGCACAAGUUCUACUCGAGACAUCCCAGGAUGCACUACACAAGGGCCAAACUCAGUGACAGUUCUUGCCCUACGCCAGCCCCAAAAUCAUGUCUCUGUGUCACAUAUAGCAUCAUAUAGAUGGCAUGCAUGCUCUCCUACUAAGCCUGAGCUGCUCUUUAUCGGUCCUUAUCGCCCUCCCAAGUUUCUUCCUAUUAUUUUCCCACUGUGAGUUAUCACCAUAUUAAGUCCAUACCGCUUAACUGGCUGGUUUACUGGACUUUCUGCCUUUCAACUCUCCACCAUUGUAACGACCACGACUGUUAACUCGAGUCAACACCCUUUUUUAUUUUGUUUUUUUAAAAGAGGCUUGCAUGGAAAAUUUGAAAACCGCUCCAAACUGGGGAGUAGUUUCAAAACAGGAAUGUAGCAGCGUUUGUUUUCUCUCAACAGUCUUCUCCCUGUGAGCUCUGAGACUGCCAACUACUUCAUGCCACAUCGUCAGAGGUAGCAGUGCAUCAUGGGUAGGACUGAUGAGAGAGAAUCCGUUGCUGAAACAUUAAAGACAUGGGGUCAUUUUUCUCAUUUCCCUUUUUGUUUUUGUUUUUUAUUAGUUAAAGGUAGGAAAGGGGGUCGUGGGAUGAAAAUCCCUUUUUUUUAUAUAAUAAAAAGCAACAACAGUUCAAUUCUUGUAGAUAAAAAGAAAAAGUUGGUAAAUAAAGUUUAAGACCCUUAUUGGUGCAUAUUUUUACAAACGUCAGCGAUCAAGCAGCACUAUGACAAAUCUGUCACAGAGGCAGCAGCUCUGGAGGUGCAGCUGGGAUCCAGUCACAUAAUGAACUGCUAACAGCGUUGCCUUCUGACAGACGGCUAUCCAAGCAGUUCUCUCAGUUACUUCCUCGAGACGUCAUGACUCUGCCAACAGGACCACCGUGCUCCCGGGGAGGAUGAUAAACUGUUUAGGGUUUUUUCAGGAGACAAGGCUGCCAGCUCAGUCAGAGAAAAUCUGCAGGGGCAACUAAAGGAAAUCCUUAAAAGUGUCAGUUUUGGGACAUUUCAAGCUGCACAAACCUUUAUUCAUUCAUGUGAUCCUGCCUCUUCAAAUACCCUGGAGGACUGAUGGUUGAUUGCAGUUUUAUAAAAUACUAACUCUGCAUUUCCAGGACCACAAUGGACUUUGAAGUAUACAGCACACAGUGACUGCAGUGUUUUCAAUAGCUUCCUAAAGACCAAGUAGCUGUGUAUAUAAACUACUGUACAAGCCUUCUUUUGUUGAAAAUAAUCUUUUGCUUUCUUUUAAUCUAAAAACAUUCAAUAGCAUUACCUUUUUUUUUUUUUUGCAUCUCUCCUAGUAUGGAUUCGGUUUAUUUGAAUAAGGGUUACAAAAUAGUGCACAUGAAUGCCACAGGAGAGAGAGGUUAUUUAACAUAAUUCCCUACUGAGACUGCCAGUGGACUCUGCCAGUAGACUCUGUGAGCAGACUGAUCAUGCCUUUGUGUAAACCAUGAGAUUAGUAGGCAUCCGUUUUUUAACCCAACACCUUGUUUUUUUUUUUUCUGUUUGACUGCGAUGAUGAUUCUCUUGGAGUUUAUCUCUCUCUCUCUCUCUCUCUGUGUCUUAACAUACUUUGUUUUGACCCUCUGCUUCACCUGUGUAUCUAAAAAAAAAAAAAAAAAAAAAAAAAGUUGGGACACUGGUUUAUUUAACAGACAUGGGUCAAAUAGUAUUUGCCAAUAAUUCUUAAAGACUAGUUGUAAACCACUUGCAGAAGCAGAUGCAAGAAAAGUGUUUUAUUAGUCAGACUUUUAAAUAAUUUCCCCAUCUGACACCAUCCAUCUGCUGCUCCAAGCAGGUUAUAAAAACAAACAAAGUGUUAUUUGCAGUACUGUUGGGUCCAGGUCUUUGUAUUUAAUAAUGAUUUUAGCUGUGUUCGGUCGCUUCUUCCACACCUGGGUAGCUGAAUUAAAUGGAAAUUGGAAUAUAAAACAAGAAAAGAUAGAUCCACUUUUUACAGUAUUUCAAAUGUCUCAAAAGAGGAAUUGAACGCACCUUGAGUGAUGUUUGGUUGUAUUUUUGCCCACAUGUUCUUUAUUAACCUCUCUCUCUCUCUCUCUCUCUCUUCUCUCUCGGGUCUGUGUCUGUAGUCAUACCAGCUCAGCCAGCCUUUCAAACUGCCUCACACUGUAGUCAAAGAUAAACAAAUACUCACAUAGCAACAUUGUAAUAUGUCUUUGUAUGAAAUACUAAAACUAUGUUGGUGGGUUUGUUUUUAUUUUUUCAGUUUUUAAAAUAAAAAAUCAACUCGUUAAUACAGACCCAAA